AUGUCUCCCAUUACCGAUUUCUCUGGACGCAAAUACGCUGAUACUAUUGUCCUUUUCGACGUAGACGGUACCUUGACUCCUGCGCGUCAAACCAUUUCUCAGGAGAUGCGUCAAGUGUUGGCUGAUUUACGCAAAAAGGUGGUGAUUGGUUUUGUUGGUGGUUCUGAUCUUAGUAAACAAGAAGAACAACUUGGCAGUGCAGUGUUGGGCGAUUUUGAUUUUUGCUUUGCGGAGAAUGGUUUAACGGCGUAUCGUCUUGGUGAACAGUUGGCCUCGCAGAGCUUCAUUGAAUGGAUUGGUGAGGAAGAAUAUUCCAAACUGGUAAACUUUAUCUUGCGUUAUAUUGCCGACAUGGACUUGCCAAAGAAACGUGGCACAUUUGUGGAAUUCCGUAACGGCAUGGUCAAUGUGUCGCCUAUUGGCCGCAACUGUACACGCGAAGAACGUAAUGAAUUUGAAAAGUUUGAUCUGGAAAGAGGCUUGCGACAAAAGUUUGUGCAAGAUCUCAAGGCCGCAUUUCCUCAUCUUGCUUUGACAUAUUCUAUCGGAGGCCAAAUUUCGUUUGAUGUGUUCCCCACGGGAUGGGACAAGACUUACUGUCUGCGUCAUCUGGAGCAGCACGGAUUCAAAACCAUUCACUUUUUCGGUGACAAGACAUUCAAGGGCGGUAAUGACUAUGAAAUUUAUACCCAUCCUGAGGUGACAGGACACGCCGUCAAGACCCCAGAAGACACCAUGCGCCUCCUUGCUGAACUUUUUCCCUAG